UUAAAACGAAGUUAAAUUACGCGAAUCACCGCAUAAAAGUGCAUUAAAAUCGAAAAUAUUCAAUAAUCAAUCAUCUUGUAUUAUAAUCGACGAACGUCGCAGUGAAUGCUAUUUGUGACGGAUUUGUUCUGCAAAUUUUCCCAUAAUGGUAGAAGAAACUGCACCGGUCGUGAAAACGAAGAAUAAAGAAAAUAAGGCAGCACGUCCAAAACCAGUGUACUUGUGGACCGUGGCGGAUACACAAAAAUGGCUAAGGCGGCAUUGCAGUGAACGGUGCGGUAAAUACAGUGAUCUCUUUCAAAAGCAUGAGAUUACUGGUCGAGCACUUCUCCGGAUAACAGAUAAUUCGCUCUUGCGAAUGGGUAUUCAGGAUGAAAAAGAUCGGGAAGAUAUAUUACGCGAGAUGAUUAAACAGAGGCUCAAAACAGAUAUUAUGGAAAUUCGUGAUAUGGAACUGAUGAACAAUGUUUACGAAAAUUUAUAUUAGAAAUAUAUCGUUUGUAUUUAUUGUAACAGGUUUGCUCUUCUGAGGUGCUUAAAUUACUACUUUUCGUAAAUCAGUUAAAUAGUUCAAAUUUAAAUAAGGAAAAUAAAUUACUAGCAAUAAAUUAAAUAAAUUAAAACUCUUAAUGGAAUGCAAA